ACUAAGGGGCUGGGAGAAGGACUAAGGGAAGCGAGGUAGCUGGCCACAGCCGCCAUAUGCUGACUGGAUUCCUGUUCAUGUCUGCUGUGUGAAGACUGUAGGUUUCUGUUCUGUGCUGGCCGGCAGGGGAACACACCAUGGGAAGCUCACAUCUCCUCAACAAAGGCAUGCCUCUAGGCAUCAGGCCACCCAUCAUGAACGGGCCCAUGCACCCGCGCCCUCUGGUGGCGUUGCUGGACGGGCGCGACUGCACUGUGGAGAUGCCCAUCCUAAAAGAUGUAGCAACUGUGGCCUUCUGUGACGCGCAGUCCACACAGGAGAUCCACGAGAAGGUGCUGAAUGAAGCUGUAGGAGCAUUGAUGUACCACACCAUCACUUUGAUGAGAGAAGACCUGGAGAAGUUUAAAGCUCUGCGUAUCAUCGUCCGCAUCGGCAGCGGCUACGACAACAUUGACAUCAAAUCUGCAGGCGAAUUGGGCAUAGCUGUGUGUAACAUGCCCGCAGCCUCAGUGGAGGAGACGGCGGACUCCACGCUGUGUCACAUCCUCACCUUGUACCGACGCACCACCUGGCUGCACCAGGCUCUACGGGAAGGAACGCGGGUUCAGAGCGUGGAGCAGAUCCGUGAGGUGGCGUCAGGAUGCGCGAGGAUCAGAGGAGAGACACUGGGACUCAUAGGGCUCGGUCGGGUGGGCCAGGCUGUAGCCCUGCGAGCCAAGGUUUUUGGCUUUAAUGUGAUUUUCUAUGACCCUUAUUUGGCUGAUGGCGUAGAGAGAUCCCUGGGACUACAAAGGGUCACCACACUACAGGACCUGCUCUUCCACUCUGACUGUGUGUCUCUGCACUGCAGCCUGAAUGAACACAACCACCACCUGAUCAACGACUUCACCAUCAAACAGAUGCGUCAGGGUGCGUUUCUGGUGAACACAGCCAGGGGGGGUCUGGUGGAUGAGAAGGCCCUCGCUCAGGCGCUGAAGGAGGGAAGGAUACGCGGAGCGGCUCUGGACGUUCAUGAGACAGAGCCUUUCAGUUUCAGUCAGGGCCCGCUGAAGGAUGCACCCAACCUGAUCUGCACUCCACAUGCUGCCUGGUACAGCGAACAGGCCUCACUGGAGAUGAGAGAGGAGGCAGCCAGGGAGAUCCGAAGGGCUAUCACGGGUCGCAUACCAGACAGUCUGAAGAACUGUGUGAAUAAGGAGUUCCUCACCCAGAACAACCACUGGACAGGCGUUGACCCAGCUACCGUCCACCCUGAACUCAACGGGGCUUAUAGGUACCCGCAAGGAGUGGUAAGCUUGCCCGCUGGUGGCCUCCCACCUCCCAUUGAAGGCAUAGUACCCAGCGCUGUGCCCAUCACACAUACCCUCCCGCCCGCUGUCACACACCCUCCACAUGCCCCGUCGCCUGGACAAAACACAGUGAAGCCACCAGAGGGCGACAGAGAGCAGCAUCCGAAUGACCAACUGUAGCCACACACACACAAACGCACACGCUUGACCGUGUUGUCUGGUGACCGGAGGCGGUUGGCAUGACAACCGUUGUCAUAGCGAUAAGUACCCUAGUGACAAGUUGUUAUCAGACAGGUUCACAGAGUGUCAGAUCGACAGGUUGAGGUCCCAAUAACUAUCGAUUCACAACUCGUUGGCAGUUGGUUCCCGGCAGCAAGUUCACACUCCAAAGAGGAAGAAAAGGAGGAGGAUGAUAAAGAGGAGGAGGAGUGGAUAUCUGUUUGGAUGCUCUAAUCAAAGAGCAAGACAGCUGUCCUCUGCUCCAACCAGAAAUACUGAAAAAGACUAUAGAGCUCAAAGGUCCGCAGGUUGAUCUUCAUACCAACAAUAGUCAAGUUUUAAACUGUUUCCUCUGCCAGGCAUUAAAAAAAUAUCAAUAACUAUCUCCUGAUUUGGGAAGAAAAAAUACUGAUUCAAAUUCUGCUGUCUUAGACUGUAGUGUGUCCAAAGUUAGAGGGGCGGGUUUCAUGUCUCUUUUUCUGUGUCCUUUCCUUAGUUUGAUGUACAAGCAAAAGUAGUAGGUUAUGAAAUGAAUGUAACCUGUCUGUGUACAGUUUUUAGAGUUACGGCAAGAAGAUACUGAUAUUUGUAUUCCAGUCUUAACAAAACAAGGGUUAUGUGAUCUCUCUAUGUAGCCAAACAGGUUUGAGAAUACAAUAUCUGUUUUUUUGUGUUCCCAAAUUAACAAGCCCCCUAAAAAAAGAGGCAGCUUUUUGCACACCAUCUCAGGAAAUUAAGUUUCCGCAGUUGGUAUAUUAUUUUUUAAAUCUUUAUUUUAAAAUUUCCUUUUUAUGCCACUUAGUGCUUUUGUUUUUCUACCUGCUUGCCUUUUCGUGUCCCGCUACAUUAGAGAAAGAACUUUAACACGAGCUAAAGUUGAUCUAAUGUUUGCUUUUGUUUGUUAUGUUUAAGGGGCAUGUGAUUUUGCUCUUGGGAUUUGUGUGUAAAUGUUUGACCCAAACUGAGGGAGUUAUGGGAGGGAAGGCUGUAGAGAGGUGGCAAAAUGGUAUGCUUGGCUGGGAUGACGAACUUCAUCCCAAGUCCUGAUUGUUUUAUUAGAAAACAAAGUUGUUGAGAUUAUUUCUCUGAAAGACGCAGGUUGUCCACAAGGUGAUGCACUGAGAAUUUGUACUGCAGCAGCUUACAGUUAAAGAAACUGUCCCAUAAAAGGAAAUAUCUCUAUUUUCCUCAUGUCUUCAUGAGCCAGUGCUUCCACUAUUAUGUACAGUAAUUGUAUAACUGUGGAGCAUGAACACUUCAGCACACUUCAGCACACCAAGGUUUACAAAUGAUACACAGCACUGAAAAAAAAGUGUGUCGCUUCCCUUACAGCAAUGGAUUUGACCAAUGAGCCUACACAUCCCUGAAACCAUCGGAUCAGUUAAUCAACUCUUCAGUGCCUGCCAAAACCAUUUUAGAUUCCUAGUUGAAGUUUAACUCACUUGUACAGACAUGACAUCAAGUUAAGGACAGAUGAGGAAUACUUCUGUUCUUCAAAUUAGGCCAAAAAAACUUUCAUAUUUCAGACUGCCUCCCAUAUUGCAACUUUGAAUCUAUUUUUUAAAAAUAUUUAAUGGAGAAAAAUGCUCAUUCAGAUCAAUCAAUCAAAAACAACCUGCAACUGAGAGCUAAAACUACGGUGUUAUAUUAGU